AUGGGGGCCGGGGCAGGCUGCGGGCGGGGGCAGCUUUUCCUCCCCUCCCUCCUCCUCCUCCUCUUCCUCCUGGCCGCGCCGCGCUCCGCGAGCGGGCAGCUGCGCUACGCCGUGCCCGAGGAGCAGGAGCACGGCGCCUUCGUGGCCAACCUCGGCGAGGACCUGCGGUUGGACGUGUCCACGCUGUCGGCGCGGCGGUUCCGCAUCGUGGCCCGGGCCGGGGCCAGGCAGCACCUGGAGGUGAACCUGGAGAACGGGAUCCUCUUCGUGAACGAGCGGAUCGACCGGGAGGAGGUGUGCGAGGCGGGGGGCACCUGCCUGCUCCACCUGCAGCUGCUCGUCGAGAGCCCGCUGGAGCUGUACCGUGUGGAGGUGGAGGUGCUGGACAUCAAUGACCACGCGCCCACGUUCCCCUGGCAAGAGUACGUGUUGGAGGUGGCCGAGUCUGCCGUGCUUGGUGCCCGCUUCCCGCUUGAGAGCGCCCAGGAUCCUGACGUGGGUACCAACUCGGUGCACACCUACCAGCUCAGCCCCAAUGGCUUCUUCUCACUUGAGGUGCAGACACGCAGCGACGCCAGCAAGUUUGCGGAGCUGGUGCUGGAGCGCACCCUGGACCGCGAGCAGCAACGCACGCACCGGGUGCUGCUCACUGCUCUCGAUGGCGGCAUCCCCAGGCGCUCAGGCACAGCCCACAUCCUCAUCACAGUGCUGGACGCUAAUGACAAUGUGCCUGCCUUCGAUCAGCCCUCAUACAGAGUGAGCCUGCCUGAGGAUGCCCCUGCCGGCACCCUGGUCAUCCAGCUGAAUGCCACUGACCUGGAUGAGGGUCCCAACGGGGAGAUCGAGUACUCCUUCAGUGGGCAUGCACCACCGCGCGUCCGGGAGCUCUUCCGUGUGGAGCCCCGCAGUGGGCAGGUGCUGCUGAAGGGCCCCCUGGACUAUGAGCGGGCAAGCCUUCAUGAGCUCUAUGUGCAAGCCAAGGACCGCGGACCCUCGGCUGUGGCUGUGCACUGUCGGGUGCUUGUGCACCUCCUUGAUGUGAAUGACAACGCACCAGAGGUGACCCUCACCUCUGUGUCCACGCCUGUGCAGGAGGAUGCCCCAACAGGCACCGUCAUCGCGGUCAUCAGUGUUCUGGACCGGGACUCUGGGGACAAUGGGCGCGUGAGCUGCGAGAUCAGCCCCAAUGUGCCUUUCGAGCUCCGCUCCUCCUUCCGCAACUACUACACUCUGGUGACCACAGAGGCGUUGGACCGGGAGGUAGUGCCCGAGUAUAAUGUAAGCAUCACAGCACGGGACAUGGGCUCCCCUGCCCUGCUGACCCGCAGCACCCUCACCAUCCCAGUGUCCGAUGUGAAUGACAACGCCCCACGCUUCCUCCAGCCCUCCUACAGUGUGUACGUGAUGGAGAACAAUGCGCCAGGAGCCUCCAUCUGCUCCGUCAGUGCUUUGGACCCCGACUGCCAACAGAACGCCUAUCUGUCCUACUCCAUCGCUGAUGGGCACAUCCAUGGCAUGCCAGUGGGCACCUAUGUGUCCAUCAACUCGGACAGUGGGCACAUGUAUGCCCUGCGCUCCCUUGAUUAUGAGCAAAUCCGCAGCUUCCAGAUCCAGGUGCAAGCGCAGGAUGCAGGCUUCCCCCCGCUCAGUGCCAACGUCACCGUUCACAUCUUUGUGCUGGACCAGAACGACAACGCCCCUGUCAUUGUGUCCCCCAUGCCACGCAAUGGCUCUGUGGCUACCGAGCUGGUGCCACGGUCAGCUGGGCCUGGCUACUUGGUGGGCACGGUGUCAGCAGUGGAUGCAGAUGCAGGGCUGAACUCCCGCCUCUCCUACCAGCUCCUCCAAGCCACCGACUUCACCCUCUUCAGCCUGGCGCCAGACACGGGCGAGCUGCGCACCCUCCGCUCCUUUCUGGAGCAGGACGCAGCCCGGCAGCGGCUGGUGGUGCAAGUGCGUGAUGGGGGGCAGCCGGCGCUCUCAGCCACCAUGUCCCUCCUGCUUUCUGUGGUGGAGACCAUGCCACAGACUCUCUCUGACUUCAGCAACUUCAGUCUCCCCCCAGAGGACUCCUCCUCCUCCCCACUCACACUCUACCUCCUUGUCUCCCUGGGCUCCAUCUCCUUCACCUUCCUCCUGGCCAUCCUCAUCCUCACAGCCAUUCGGUGCCGCGGAGAGCAGCGCUCCUGACGACGUGAUGGCUGCCACUGCUGUCCUAGGCCCAGGUCCUCCCCUGAUAGCCUCAAGACAUCCAACCUUACGGCACAGCCCACCACGAGCACAGCCGCCCACCUUGAUGUCCCCGAUGGUGGCCCCCCGGGCUACUGCUACAAGCUCUGCCUUGGUCCCGAGUCUGCCCAGAGCGACUUCAUGUUCCUCAAACCCUGCAGCCUGCCCCGCAACAACGAGAAAGGCCCCGGGAACCUGCCGGCUGCUGGGAAGCGAUCCCAGCCCGGCCAGCAAUUCCAUGUCUCCAAGCAGAUCAAGCAGCCCAACACGGACUGGCUGCCCCCCAGCAUGCAGCGACCUGCCCUGAAGAGCUCCCAGAGCCUGGAGGACAUGGGGGAAAUCCGCAGAGCACUGCAGAAGGAGCACGAGAGGCUGUGCACGUUGGUGACCCCUGUCUCUGAGUUUCAGAAGGCCUCAGCAGGUGCCAACAGCAUCUGGGCACCCCAGCACAGCCCCUUGUACCCGGGGCACAUCCCGGCCCUGGAUUAUCAGCACAACGUCUACAUCCCUGGCACCCCCACUCUGCUUUCCAGCAAAGACGGGCCCCUUUUCCCAGGCCGGGAGAACAGAAACAGCUUCUCCACCUUUGGCAAGAGGAAGAAGAUGACAACUUACUGCGACAUGCCUGACAGCGUGGUCAUCAACAACGACCUGAAGUAG